UAUAAAGCUGCCGGCACGCCCGCGCUCCGCCGACUCUGCAGCGGUCCUGUUCUGUCCGGACUUCGCAAUGGCUCUGCGCACCGAGGGUCCGGACGAGCUGCUCGCCGCCUGCCUGUCGCCGUGCGGGCCGCCCAACCCGGCCGAGCUGUACAGCGAGGCGCGGCGCCUGGCGCUCGAGGAGCUGGUGGCGGGCGGCCCCUGUGCCUUCGAAGCCUUCCUGCGAAGAGAGCGCCUGGGCCGCUUCCUGAACCCGGACGAGGUGCGCGCCAUCCUGCGGGCGGCCCAGAGGCCCGGUCAGGAGGGCGCGGCGGCGGGGGCCGAGGACUCCUUCGGCUCGUCGCACGACUGCUCGUCCGGCACCUACUUCCCCGAGCAGUCGGACCUGGAGCCGCCGCUGCUGGAGCUCGGCUGGCCCGCCUUCUACCAGGGCGCCUACCGCGGCGCCACGCGCGUCGAGGCGCACUUCCAGCCCCGCGGCGCGGGCGCCGGCGGCCCCUACGGCUGCAAGGACGCGCUGCGCCAGCAGCUCCGCUCCGCGCGGGAGGUGAUUGCGGUGGUGAUGGAUGUUUUCACGGACAUCGACAUCUUCAGGGACCUACAGGAAAUAUGUCGGAAACAGGGAGUCGCUGUCUACAUCCUCCUGGACCAGGCUCUGCUCUCGCAGUUUUUGGAUAUGUGCAUGGACCUGAAAGUGCAUCCUGAAAAGGAGAAGCUGAUGACCGUCCGGACUAUUACCGGAAACACUUACUAUGCGAGGUCGGGGACUAAGAUAGUUGGGCAGGUUCACGAGAAGUUCACACUGAUUGAUGGCAUUCGCGUGGCUACAGGCUCCUAUAGUUUUACGUGGACAGAUGGCAAAUUAAAUAGCAGUAACUUGGUCAUUCUGUCUGGCCAAGUGGUUGAACACUUUGAUCUGGAGUUCCGAAUCCUGUAUGCACAGUCGAAGCCCAUCAGCUCCAAGCUGCUGUCUGACUUCCAGAUCAGCGGCAAGUUUGACCAUCUAGUGGACAGUAAACCCCUGUCUAAGGAGCUCACGUUGGGCGGCCUGCUGCGCCUGCGGCUGUCCCGGCUCUCGAGCACCCCCAAGAAGGCUGAGCUGGGGUGUGAGGCCCCCGCUGAGGGCAGGGCAGAGGCCAGGCACCAGAACUGCGAGUCCUCCACCGUCGGCGAUGAGGACGAUGUCAUCAGCUGCCAGGACAGACCACAGGGCGGGAGGAGGACGACCGAUGCGGCCACCCAGACGGAGCCAGGAGAGGAGGUUCCAGCAGUGAGCACGAGCGACGCGGGGACACAAGCCAGCGUCACCACGGCAUGUGCCGGGACCCAGACCGCGGUCACCACCAGGGUCGCGAGCUCCCAAGCUGCGGUUCGGUCCACGUCGGCCACCACCCAGACUGACGUGGACGAGAAUGUUCUCUUUUCUCAGGGCACCCAGCCUAAAGAAGGGUCACCAGUGUCCAGGAUGUCUGUGUCCAGAUCUCCCAGUUUGAGGUCUUCCUCCUCUCUGUCUUCGCAGGGCUCUGUGGCGAGCUCCCUGGGCUCCCAGACGUCCAGCAGAGCCCCUGACUUUGUCCCCGCUGGACACGCCAAGUACUGGGGCGCCCCCCACUUGGAUCUGUGCUUGCGAGACUCCUUCAGGAACUUGAAUCAAGAGCGCCAGUUUCACUUUGCUGGUAUCAGGUCCCGGCUCAACCACAUGCUGGCCAUGCUCUCCAGGAGAACAUUCCUUGCUGAGAACUACCUCGGUUUUCAUUCCGGAAACGUUGCCAGAGCAUCAGUGAAUCUCCUGGCUGUGAGAGACACCGCGCUGUAUCCCUCCUACCAGUGACUGCUCGGCGUUCAGCGCCUCCUGGUUCCAUCAGGCGCGCGGUGCUGAUCCACCGAGCACCCUGCUUUACAGUUUGUUCACCUGAUCUUUGGUCCCCCGCUCGUCUCUAAAUUCUAUAAACUGCACAUUAUUUUAUGUGCUUUUAUCCUGUUCUUGUCAUGUAUAAACCAGGUGUUGGUUUUAUGGUCGAAACACUAUGGGUACAAUUUCUUUGCACGACUUUAAUAUUGAUAUCUCUUAAAGAGAGUGUUUAGGGGUUCUCAGGUUCAUUCAGGUAAGAGAUAAAAUGGGUGCUGUGUUUUUUUAGAUUUGUGUGCUCUUCUGUUUUAGAGAUUUGAACACUAGGUCUUAUCAAAAUCCUGUUUAGAAAAAACUUUCUUAUUGUCUGUCUCUUCUUCAGGGUAUCUGUGUUCUUAGGAUUAAAUAAAUACAACCAACUUGU